UCGUUGCAAUCAUCACUUUUUUCCAUCGCGAGCAAUCCCUUUUUUGCUGGACGAGGACAAGGUGAAAACUUUUCAAAUUAUCUGGAAAAUCGAUGUGAAUCAUAAUCGUUUUCUGGAUCGGAUCGUUCCAAUCGUAAAAUGGAAGGAGGCGAUAAACUGCUGAUGGCGGCCGGAGUGACCGCGGCCGUGUUUGUGGGAGCUUUUGUUUUCUGGGGCCCUUCAGGUUCUUCGAGAUUACGUCAACGGCGAGGUCAGAUUGCUGGAUUGCAUAACUUUGGAAAGACAUGUUUCCUAAACACAUUGCUACAGGCUUUAGCUGCCUGUCCACAGUUUAUUGCUUGGCUACAGCUCCAUAAUGCUAAAGAUAAGAAAAGUCUGGUCAGUUCGCUGCAGAACGUUUUGGAAGUGGUUAAUGGAACCCAUCCCACUCUGAGGGGUGAUCCAUACUCACCGGGAGCCGUUAUUCGGGCUCUGAACACACUGGGUUGGGUCAUUCCACCGGAUGAACACGACCCGCACGAGCUGCUUCAUGUGCUGCUGAAUUCUCUCGAAGAGGAAGCCACAAAGCCGAAGAAAAUCGGUUGCCUUUCGGAUGCCCUUGGAGAAGAGGAAUUACGGGCCAUGAUGCCCCCGGCACGGCCAUCCAGCGCAAUGCUGUCCGAUUUUUGCAAUACCGACUACGACGAGUCUACUGGUCUCACCCGCUAUGCACGAUCCGAAGCCCACACUCCGGAUUCACCGCAUUCGACCUGCACGGAAACGGAUGCGAGUGACUCGAUGGCAGUGCAGGACGGAUCGAUGCUGCUCGAUUGCGCCGGAUCGCCACCGUCGAUUGUUUCCACCUUCUCGGGCAGGCCCAGCCGGCCACGGUCCAUCCUGGCCUCCGAUAUGGUCCAGAAUGGCGGCGGAAAUGCGCUGAACAAACGCAACUCCGGAUCUUGUCGGUCGUUGGAACGGAUCAACCGUGGUCCGGGUCGCGUCUCCGUGUGGGGUGACCGACAGCAAAUCCAGGUACCGCAUCCCUUCCGCGGUGGUCUCAGCAGUCAACUUUGCUGCUCCGGAUGCGGCUACAAAUCCGUCGUUCGAUACGACAAGUUCGAUAACAUUACACUGGCACUACCGGAAAUUAAAAAUCCCGGCAUCUCCAUUGGGAGUCUCUUGACCGAGUUCAUUCAACCGGAAACCCUCAACGGAGUCCAGUGCGACGCUUGUAACGAAACCACCACCCAUACGAAGACACUCACUUUCAGCAAGCUGCCCGCUUGUCUGUGCAUUCACAUCGCCCGGACCACUUGGUUACCAACUGGUCACGCGUACAAGCGGCAGGACUUUGUCCACUUUCCAGAAACCCUGUCGAUGGCACCGUACAGCUUUGUGCAGCCCAGUCUGAAUAGUGCCAUGAGCACUCCGUGGGGCUCGACUAUGUCGCUCUACUCGGCCAGCAUCGGGGCGGGGGCCUACGAGAGUGGAAACUACAUGGGCGUCGGCGGCGGUGGUACCGAGCAAAACACUCCGGUCGGUUCGGUUGGAUCGGCUUUCAACUUUGGAUCGUACACCUUUGGGGCGAUGUUCCCCAAGAAUCUGUACCGUUUGCUGGCCGUUAUUGUGCACUCUGGCGAAGCCAACUCGGGGCACUUUGUCACGUACCGACGCGGGGCACUGAGGAAUUCGCACAAAUGGUACUACACCUCGGAUACCGUGGUGCGGGAGGUCACGAUCGAGGAGGUCCUGAGCACCCCGGCCUACAUGCUGUUCUACGAUCGGGGCCCAUCUUCCUCCAAGUAUCAGCAAGGAGGAGCUGGUGGCGGAGCAGGAUCCGCGGCCGGUGGAAUGGGCAGCAGCACCUCCCAUACCGGCGGGGGUGCCGUGUCUUAACUCUAAUUGGGUAAGUAUUUUCAGCAGAUUAUUAUCUUUAAAUUUACCUAUACCUACAUAUUUGUAAGAAGAAAAACAAAACGAAAACCAUAGUCGUUUAAGGCAGAGAAACUGAUAACUGAUGUUCGCUUAGAUGCGUAAAAAAGCAGGAUUUGUGAAACUCUCUCUUCAAGUUGGAAGAGAUAUUUGAUCGGAGUGAUGAAUAAAUCGGUAAAUUUUGUAAUGCCAAACAAUAAACAAGUUCUAAAAAGAAUAUAAAAUCAAACCCGAAGACAAAAAGUCAACUCAAUAAUGUUGCAUACGAUAUUGGCUACUGCUAAAUUUUAUCGAAUCCACCGGUUGAUAAACUCAAAAAAAAAAAAAGAA